AUGGCCAGUUCGUCGCGAAAACACCAGAAAUAUCGUUCAAGGCGAAGGCUCGCAGCCCUUAGCUUCUUGUCCAAUAUAUCCUUAAAUGGGACAUACUCUAACGUUUCAGUGGUAACCAGUAGCAGGAGCAAGGAAUGUCAAGAUCACGAGGACGAUGAAGAAUGUAAGGAGAACGAUUGUCAGGGCGAUGAGUCCUCGUCUGCUACAGUUCAGAACGCUGCAGAUGGAGAAAGGUGGGAUGAAAGCGAGCAUAAUGCAAGUCACCAUGGAAGCAGGCUGUCGAGGAAAGAUGGGGAUGGGUUGAAACGAGCUGCACUCAGUGGCGCAGCCAAGUCGCCAUGGGGAUCUCGACAUGAGAAGUCUGUAGAUGGACAAGGAGGAAAGCGAUGGAGAGCCUCAUCAUACUCAGGUGGUGACAAACCUGGUGAGAGGAGCCAUAUAUCCAGCUCUUUAUCCAAUGAGUCCCUGGAGGCCUGUGGUCAUGACACAAACCUAGUGAUAAGCGAUAUGAAGCCAUUCAUCAACAUGAAGAACAAGAGGAUGUACUUAGUAUCUGGAGACAAAAUACCUCUGGCAAUAUGUUCUGUUUUAUCAUAUCGCUCCCAGGUACCACAGAGGUCAGAUGAUGAAGUACGACAGAGACAUAUGUCAGGACAUUCUGGGUCUAGAUCCUAUUCUUCUCAAGAAGGACUCCUUUUUGCGGGCUUACAGCAUGGAGCCAAACUGGAUGAGGAGGUGUCCUAUAGUCGCUUCCUCCUGGCAACUCAUAGGAAGAAUGUUAAAAGGGUGGCUCCAGAACACAAAGACCAGAUGCCUAGCAGUCAUGAGUUGCUCAGUGGCAUUCUGCAUGACCCUCAGCCCCAGCACAUUUGGCAGUGGCACUCUCCGACUAAUCAGUGGCAGUGGCACUGUCACCUGGAGACAGUGCAGGAAGACUCAAUUGAUGUCUAUCAUCCUAACAAGCUGGAUGAUCCAGAACUGCAGUCUGGGAGUUACAGAACUGAGCUGACCUUCAAGUCUUAUCUGACAUCAAUCAUAGACUAUGUGAAACCAUCAAUGUUGAAGAAAGAACUUAAUGAGAAAUUUAAAGAAAGGUUUCCCAACGUACAGCUUACCCUCUCGAAGCUUAGAAGUUUGAAGAGAGAACUGUUCCAGAUUGCACAUGUGAGGUGUUCAGUUGAUUUGUGGACAGUAGCACAAGCAUAUGUUUUCUUUGAGAAAAUUAUAUUGAAGCAAUUGAUUACCAAGCUGAACCGCAAGCUUUGUGCAGGAGCUUGUCUUCUCUUGUCUUGUAAGCUGAAUGAUGUCAAGGGACCAGUUCUUACCAAAGUUAUAGAACAAGCAGUUGAUGAUCUCCGAGUGAAUCGUAAAGAGCUCUUGCAGUAUGAGAUUGAGUGCCUGGUUGCCAUUGAGUUUUAUCUGCACAUUCCUGACAGUGAGGUUUAUCCACAUUAUCAGCGUCUGCUGUACAGGUCAUAA